CCGAAAACCAUUGGAAUGAUAUUCACGUGUUGCGUCACACGGGCGGUGCAUUUCGAAGUAUUGGAAAAUAUGACAGCCGAAUGUGUAUGUGACGCCUUUCAAAUAUUCGCGGCUCUUAGAAGAGUUCCGUCCACAGUAUAUUCAGAUAAUGGAACGAACUUUAAACGACUGGGAAACAUGUUUAAUGAAGCGUAUACCGUAUUGAAAGACAAUUUCCAAUGGAGAUUCAAUACGCCCGCCGCACCAUUCCGAGGAGGCUUCUUUGAAUCGCUUAUAAAAUCCAUGAAGAAGGGAUUUUACAGUAUAAUGUGGAAAAAGGACAUUAAACCCACGAUGGUUCGACUUGUGCUUUAUCGAAUUCAAUCCUUAAUGAACGCCAGACCGUUAAUACAUGAUAAUUCAACCAUUGUCACACCGAAUCACCUGAUGUACGGAGCUAGCAGUAACGGAUCAUUGGCACCACCACGACGAGGGGUACAACCAAGUUGUUUAUUAAAGUAUUGGAGGGGAACGCAACGAUUGGUGGACGGUGCAUGGAAAACGUAUCGAGACAUAUAUCUCAAAAGCCUAAGAAAUUAUCAUCAGAAUAUCAAACAUUAUCAAUAUGUUCAAGUGGGUGAUGAGGUGCUAUUGGUGGACAAAGGAUUGCCUGUAUCAUUGUGGACCACCGGAAACAUUGUCGAAACAAUCCCGGACGCUCGUGGUGUAAUCCGAACUUAUCGAGUAAAGGCCGGCGACCGAAUAUUCGAACGACCAGCACAACGUUUGGCGCCACUGGAAGCCGCUUUCGAGAGGAGGGAGGAUAUGUAACGGAUUAUUUGAAGGGGUCCAUCAGCCGGAGAAAGACAGAGCUUGAACUGUCAUCAUCGGCUGACACAAACGCCAACAUAAAAGCGCAAGAAAAACGAUGGUGCAGUUUUAGAAUCGUUUUAUAUUCACCAUUGAUUUAAAGUGGUCUGGUCAUUUCUCACGUCGCACGUAUACUAUCGAAUCAAUAACAACGUUUUCCAAAAUCGUCUUCUGGUUUUAAUUUUUUGGUCAACAAUCAACCUUCAAUAAAUUAUUCUUCAACUCAUAUCACAAUUACUGACUUUAAUCUAUUACAAUUUUGUUCUUUUCUAUUCCAUCAAUAAAGUUUUCUUUUAAACAAACA